AUGGCUCCCUCGCUACCUCCAGCACUCCAGAAGAGCCUUGACGACAGUCAGGUCGAGUACGUGAGACUCGGCAGAUCAGGUCUCCGUGUCUCUGUGCCUAUUCUCGGUGCCAUGUCUUUUGGCUCAUCUCAAUGGCUGCCGUGGGUGCUCGACGAAGAUGACUCUAUCGAGAUGCUCAAGGCUGCCUAUGAUCGAGGUUUAAACACAUGGGAUACUGCAGAUAUGUACUCGAAUGGCAUCAGCGAGGAAAUUAUCGGAAAGGCACUGAAGCAGCACAAUAUUCCACGCGAGAGAGUCGUCAUCCUGACGAAAUGCUUCAUCGCCGUACCUGAUCAACCAGACAUUUUUGCUGGUCCAUGGCAACGAGAGAUGUCGCAGAUGAAGGAUUAUGUCAAUCGAUCAGGUCUCUCCCGAACUGCCAUAUUCAAGGCUGUCGAUGCAUCCCUUCAACGCCUCGGAACCGAUUACAUCGAUCUCUUCAUGGUGCACCGAUUCGACCCCUCUACUCCAAUCGAAGAGACGAUGCGUGCUUUACACGAUCUAGUUGCGUCCGGUAAAAUUAGAUACAUUGGCGCCUCCUCGAUGUGGGCAACGCAAUUUGCGCGCAUGCAGUCCGUGGCUGAGCAGAACGGUUGGACCAAGUUUAUCAGCAUGCAAAACUACUAUAAUUUAUGUUACCGCGAAGAAGAGCGAGAGAUGAACCGGUACUGCAAUGAAACAGGCGUGGGAAUCAUGCCAUGGUCGCCCAAUUUCGGUGGUAAGUUGGCGAGACCACUUGGAGACGCGGCGUCCACGAGAGCACAAGCGCCUUCACCAACCGGCAACAGCCUUACUAAGGCAGAUGAGGAUAUUAUCCGUCGAGUAGAGGAAUUGGCUGUGAAGAAAGAUUGGAAGAUGAGUCAGGUCUCUCUCUCCUGGCUUUGCAGCAAGGGUGCGGUGCCAAUUGUCGGCUUGAACUCGCUGCUGAGGCUUGAGGAAGCUUGCGACCUACGCGGGAAGGAGUUGACAGCAGACGAAAUUAAGUUCUUGGAAGAGCCAUACGUACCCAAGAAUGUUGUUGGCCAUAUAUGA